UUUCAAAACUAAUUGUAUAUUUUAAUUUUUUCUUCGAUAAAACUACUAACCUUCUUUUAUCAAUAGAUUUUUCAUAGUAACCAAAUUGUUAACAAAUGAAAGAAUAACUUGACUAUUACAGCAACAGGUAAAAAUGAAUUUUUUUAGCAAAAUGCACAUUGUUUUACUUAGAAUAAUAAUUUCAAAUGUUAUUAUUGUUUAUACUAAUGAUGAAUUGAGUCAGAAUACUGAAAAUCAACAAUAUAUCACUAUUAAUGAUUUGAAUAAACUCAUCAGGGAGUAUCCUGCAUUUCUGCAGUUGACAUUACAAAAACAAGAUUAUUACACAGGAAAAGAUGUACUUCGUUGUCCUAUGCCUUACAACGAAAAUACUAUAAUAGAUGAUAAUGAUGUUGUGCAUUCUAAGUAUUUCAACCCUAGAGAAUGUAAAAAACCUUGGACUUGGACACAAAAAAAUGAAAUAGAUGUUCCUGUGUCCAUUGAUGAUACCAUUGGUAAAAAAUUAGGAAAUAUUAUUAAACCGUGUAUUAAAAACAAUACCAAUAUUAUCCAAUGUUAUACACACUAUCUGAAUGUUAUGGAAAGCGUUGGUUUAACAUUAGUAGACAGAUAUUGUUUGUUUGAACUUGAAGUUUGGGCAAUGCUUGAAAAAUUGGAGACAAUGAUCAAUAUUGGAACUGGGAUAUUACUUCUGAUUGCAAACCUGACGACACUUUAAUAAUGAACACGCAAUACAUAAAUACUGUACUAGGAUUAAAUCUAUUUCCGAAC